AUGCCGCGUGAAAGAGAAGUCUCGACGCGUCUAAUCCGGCCAACAAAUCCUUUCAUAGAUCAGAGUCAAUUACUUUUGUUUGUUGAUAGAUGGAAUCCAAGCUGGGAAAUAGAUGGAAGUAUAAAGAUUUUUGAUGAAGGUAUUGCCCAAUACAUGCUGGCUGACUUGGAGUCUCAUUACAAAUAUUUUGCUUCCCUCAUCUUGGGGAAGCCAAGUUUGCGUUGUCAAAUGGUCGGAGAUGAACCUGCAGAUGAUUUAGAUGAAAAUGGAAACAAAUUUGAGUUGAUAUCACAAGGUGAACUCAAUUCGGAGGAUGUGCAGCGCAUUGAACUUCUGAAAAUGGUGUUAUCCAAAAGGGGAUACAGAUUUUAG